CUCCGGAGUGUGUGUUUCGCAGAGGCCGGCGGCUCUCCCGGUGGGCCUGAUGAUGGGACGGCCCUGCCGUGGGGGCUGGAGAGUGGAGAGCAGCAGAAGGGGACGGUCCCUCCGCAGUACUCCGAACGCCCUUGACCGGUGACUGGCUGCGGCAGCCGGUGGGCAGGACGACGUCUCAACCCGCUCUGCUUUUCCGUAAAUCUACACAAGGCGGAGGAGCGGCGCAUUCCUCACCGCGGCCAUCGGCGCUGUGUGUCCGCCGUCUGUCACACACAGCGAGUCGCGCUCCGAUUCAGCGCGCGCUCUGGGAAUAUUCUCGUAUCCGGGAUACUGGCGGCUUGUCACGAAAGGAGAGGAAAGAAAGGCUCCUAACUCAUCACAAUGAUGGAGAUCGAGUUACCGAAAACACAACAGAGUCAACAGGACAUGGAGCUGAUCGACAUCCUGUGGAGGCAGGACAUCGACCUGGGGGCGGAACGGGAGGUCUUCGACUACAGCCAUCGGCAGAAGGAGCACGAGCUGCGGCGACAGCGGGAGCUCGAGGAGGAAGAGCGCCAGCAGCGACUGCGGGAGCAGGAGAAGGCCCUGCUGGCCCAGCUACAGCUCGAUGAGGAGACGGGAGAGUUUGUGCCACGCCCGCUGCCCACCGCCCAGCCGGGGCCCGUGGCCGCACAGACUGCCGUGUUCGCAGAAGACGGCGGGGACACGCUCUCGUUCGAUGAAUGCAUGCAGCUGCUCGAAGAAACCUUCCCGCUAGUGGAGACCAUUGAGGCUGCCCCCCCAGCACUGGAAACUUCCGUUACCCCCCAGUCCGACAGUAGCCCGGGCAUGAUGGGCCCUCCGCCGGCCUCCCUGCUCUCGGCCGUGCAGUCUACCCAGAAGCCCUUGCCGGACCUGGAGCAGGCCUGGAUGGAGCUGCUCUCUAUCCCUGAGCUGCAGCAAUGCCUGAGCAUGAACAUGGAUGAGAUGUUGGAGACCUCAGCUUACCCCACCAGCAACAUCUCCCCCUCUGUGCAAGAGUCAGAUUACCCCUUUUACACACCAAAGCUGACAGAUGUGGUUGCUUCACCAGCCGAAGCCGGUCCCCCACCUGCAUACCAGGACACCUUCGAAGGCUCCUUUGCUGCUAUCGCCCCACCCGAGAACCUCAGUCAGAUGACUCUGAAGGCCUCCGACGUGAACGCCGCAUUUAACGUCGACAGCUUCUGUGACAUGUUUUACCCCGACCUCACAAACGCAAACGCGAAAAAGCCCAGCGCGCUCGCCGCCGACGGAAACGAGAGCGGCCCCCUGGCCGAGGUGCAGGACGAGCCGGCGAACCCCAUGGAGAUCCCAGAGUUUGCGCUCAGUGAAGGAUUCGAGGAUAAGAAAGCAGAGGUUAUGGCGGAGUUUCCCGAUUCCGACUCCGGCCUUUCGCUGGACGCCAGCCCCAGCGGCUGCUCGCCGCAGAAGUCGGCGUUCGGCGACGGCUCCUUUGGAUACAGCGAUUCGGACAUGGAGGAGAUGGACAGCAAUCCUGGAAGCAUGCAGUCUGAAUAUGCCGAGAUGUUCCCCUCGUCCUUCGGCGCAGAUGGCUUCCAAGGCGAUUCCAGCAUCGCUGCCCAGCCCAGCCCGUCACAGGAACCGAACGUCAAGCACACUAAGACCGAGUCUGUGGAUGGCGUCGGCCACAGCAAACCUCCGUUCGCCAAGGACAAGCAGAAAAGGCGCGCGGAGUCCCGCCUGUCGCGGGACGAACAGCGGGCUAAGGCCCUGCAGAUUCCCUUCACCGUGGACCUCAUCAUCAACCUGCCUGUGGACGACUUCAACGAGAUGAUGUCCAAGCACCAGCUCAACGAAGCCCAGCUGGCCCUGGUGCGCGACAUCCGCCGGCGCGGCAAGAACAAGGUGGCCGCCCAGAACUGUCGCAAGCGCAAGAUGGAGAGCAUUGCGGGCCUGGAGAGCGAGCUGGACUCACUACGGGAGGAGAAGGAGCGGCUGCAGCGGGAGAAGGCGGAGAACGACAGCAGCCUGCGGCGGGCCAAGCAGCAGCUCAGCAGCCUGUACCAGGAGGUGUUCGGCAUGUUGCGGGACGAGGAGGGCCGGCCCUACUCCCCCAGCGAGUACUCCCUCCAGCAGAGCUCCGACGGUAACGUCUUCCUCGUGCCCCGCAUCAAAAAGACAUCGGCUAAGAGCAGCAGCAAGUAGCACUUCUCUGCUUCCUGUGUUUUUGUACUGCAUUAUUAUAACAAAGUCUAUGCAAAAAACUUUGUAGUUGAAAGGUUGCUUCAGCAUUAGUACAACGGCAGAACUAUUAUAUAGUUUUUGCUUAUCCUCCCUUAGUGGUCUGAUGUCUUAAUAU